AUGCUGAUUCAAGCUUGCAUCGUGUUACUGGUGGUAGCAGAGGGUGAUGGGAAGAUUCUAGAGUUCUGGUGUUCAAGCGACGCUAGAGACAAAAUCCAGAUCCAUCAAGAAUAUUUGAACAACGCGGAGGCAACGUCAUCGACCAUCGAUAAGGAUGGUUGGCUACAAACAGGAAACAUUGUUUAUUUUGACCAAGACGGGUAUUUGUAUAUAGUUGAUCGCAUUAAAAAGAUGAUAAAGUACAAAGGGUUUCAGAUUGCUCUGGGUGAUUUAGAGGAUGUGCUAGCAUCUCAUCCAGCCAUUCUUGAUGCUGCAAUAACAGGAAUCAGAGAUGAGGAAGCAGGAGACAUUCCAGUGGCGUUUGUGAUGAUGAAGGCCCGGAGCUGA